CAGGUUGACUGUUUCUAUGGCAAUGCGGCGAAGAGAGUGUUCCUCCGUCAUUUAGCCACGGGAUAUAAAGUAACCUGGAAACACGGACUGGAACAAAAAAAAGAGGAAGGUUUUGUUUGUGUCUCCGAAGGAGGAAAGCCAACGAUGUUAGAAGGGGAACAGAUCCCUUUCAUGGUGGUGUUUGUGGCGACGAUUUUACUGGGCACGACGGGGAAUGUCAUCGUGCUUUUCGCCUUCAUCAGCAACGCGGUGAAACACCGGCGUUUCCCGCCGCUCGACAGGGUGAUCGUCAACCAGACCUUCGUCAACCUGUUGCUCUGCUUCUACCAGGGCAUCCCGCGAGUGCUGAUGUUCUACGGGGUGGAACUUUUCGAGGAGACGUGCUGCAUUAUCCUGGUCUACCUCAGCUCCUCGCUCAGGUCCAUCAGCAUCUGGACGGUCUCCAACCUCAGUUUCCUCCACUUGAUCAAGAUCAACCGGCCGCGCUGCGCCCUGGCCAGUUACAUCAGCAGCCACCAGAGCAGCUAUGUCAACGUGACCAUCAGCGCCCUGUGGCUCACCAGCUUCAUCUUCUACGUCCCCUACACCCUUGACAAGAUCAUCCACAUGUCGCAGGAGAACGAGUCCAACCCGGUGAAGUACAUGCCCAGCUCCAGUUGCAAUGGCCUGUCCACCAGCUCCGCUUCUGAUAUAGUCACCUACAUCUCGGUCAGCCUGGAUAUCAUCGCCAUCCUCUGGGUGGUGGUUCUGAACGGGCUGAUCAUCCAGCUUCUGUGCAAACACCAACGGCGAGUGGCGGCAGCGGGCCAGGGAUCAAAUUCCGCCAACAAGACCCCAUUCCAGGCCACCCGCAUCCUCGUCUCCUUGCUCUGCAUCUACGUGGCUUGCUGGAUCUCCAACGAUAUCGUCUGGAUUAUGUUGAUCGCGAAAAUAGCGCCCGGACAAGAUCGGAACCAGACACUAAAAUACACUUCCAGUUUCCUCUCCUCUCUCUACUACUCCGCCAGCUCAUACGUCCUGGUUUUUGGCCACAGGAACGUUAAAGAUGUGUUCAACCCUGUCUGCAAACUCUUGAAACAGAGGAAGACCACGCAGUUUCAAGAUGUGGAAAUAUAGUAUACUGUUUUGGCGUUUAAAAUAAAAUAGCAAAAUAACGAGGCAAUAGAAUGUUAACACCAUCUGACUGGAUAAGCAUGGAUAUCAAUAUAUCACCGGCAUUGAAUCACUAAUAGACUAAUAGAAAUGGUCAUUUGUAAUUUCACAGUAGAAAGGUAGAAUAACAUUAGGACAGAUUGAUACAGAACAGAAGGUGUGCAUUGGGUUAUGUGGGUUGGUGUAUUUACCCCAUUAAUCCCAUCAGGAGCAGAAGGCCAUCAGGAUGGUUUGUAGGUAGGAACUCAGUCUGAGCCACUGGAGGCCUGGCCAGUGCUCAUGCAACCAGGGUACUGAGGCCUCCUGGACUUUGGGAACUCCCUGGUCACCACACCUGGGUGGUGAGUCUAUGGAAUUAAUUGUCACAGAAGGCAGUGGAGGCCAAGUCAAUAGAUAUUUUUUAUGGCAGAGAUAGAUAGAUUCUUGAUUAGUAAGGUUGUCAGUGGUUAUGGGGAGAAGGCAGGAGAAUGGGCUUGAGAGGGAAAGAUAGAUCAGCCAUGAUUGAUCAGAAUGGUGGUGUAGGCUUGAUGGGCCGAAUGGCCUAAUUCUGCUCCUAUCACAUAAACUUAUGAAAUCAUGCAGAAGGUGAACACAAGGUGCAGGCUGGGUUAAACCUGAUCCAAUCCAGUACUCAGCUGAGGCUCAACAGAAGUUUGUAAAGAUUCUGCAUUACUUUUAUUGUUUAUAUUCUCAAUACUUUUGUUAAUAAAGCCAAGAUUUCAUUUAUUUUUAACAUAAACUUCUCAAUCUGUUCGGUCACCUUUAGCAACAUUGUAGAUAUCAUCUCUGUUGCUGAAUCCCUUUAAAAUGCUCAGAUUGCUCACCUCAUUAUUCUCAUGAAAAUGUAUCAUAUUAAGUUUCAUCCACCAUGUGAAUGCCCAUUUGACAUCCUCCUGAAGUCUGUCACUGCUUACCUUACUACUUACUUCAUUCCUAGCUUUCGUGCCUGGAAACGUUGUCACCCUUAUGGUAUACCAUUAACACUACUUUCUGAAAAAGACCCGAUGAAUUAAUUAAAAUAUAUUUUAUUGGGUUAUGGUAAUUGUUAAACUGUCAAUUUUAUGUUACUGCAAAAGAUGGUACCGAGCUAUGAAAGAUAUAUUUGUAAUAGAUGGACUGCAGCGAAGGUACACCAGAUUGAUUCUGAACCAUUCAUCGAGGAUAACAUUUACACAAUAACCUGAUUUUGCAGUUCAUGUUUUCCAACCAGACUCAAAGGCUAGAAGACUGAAGUGGGAGCCUGAUAGAAUUAUGCUUUGUAAAUCGGAAAUUCUGGUUAUGCGUGAGACCCCCUCGACAUUCUCCUCCAUCAGCCCCCAUCUACAUGCAUGCACACACCCACACACCCAUCUGGUGGCACAAUAUAAGCCUUCCGUGACCAAUAAGUAGUUCAGGGAUUGAAUUGUUAAGGAGCCCAGGCCAGGAAUAUUAUUGUUUAAAUUACGGGUUGCCUUUGUUUUAUCAUUUAAUUUUCAAUAGUUGUGAUUAUUUAAGAGUGACCGUGCUUGUUUAAUAACUCUGAGACACCCCAUUGCUCCUUCUUUUCCAAUUACUGUUGAAUUCACUGCCUUCUUAUUGUUCAUUUAAAAAAAAAGUUAGCAUGACAUUUACAAGGCUGUUGCCAGGAUUUGCGGGCCUGAGCUAUAGGGAGAGGCUAGGCAGGCUAUACUUUAUUCCUUGGAGCACAGGAGGCUGAGGGGUGGUCUUUUUAAGGUGUAUAAGAUAAUGAGGGGAAUAGAUUGGGUAAAUGCACAGUCUUUUACCCAGAGUAGGGGAAUCAAGAACCAGAGAUCAUAGGUUUGAGGUGAGAGUGAAAGAUUUAAUAAGAACCUGAGGGGCAACCUUUUCCCACAGAGGGUGAUGGGUAUAUGGAACGAGCUGCCAGAGGAGACAACAUUUAUAAGAUAUUUGACAGGUAUAUGGAGAGGAAAGGUUUAGAGGGAUAUGGGCCAAAUGCAAGCAGGUGGGACCAGUGUAGAUGGGGGCAUCUUGGUCGGCAUGGGCAGGUUGGGCUGAAGGGCCCGUUUCUGUACUGUAUGAUUCUAUGACAUUACUUACGUGUAUAUAAAACAGCCAUUAUGUACUUGCUGCUUUUUUGUUAUUUUUCUCUGUUGAUGUCCAUGUACUGAUAUACCGUUUUUUUUUCCUGUUAUAAUUCUCCAAAUUAUGGAAAUGUAGUUGGUGAUCUACCAUUGAAAAUUGUGCUACAUCUGAAAGAUACAGUUUCUCGUUAGUUUAAAAUGUAUCCAAUUUUUAGAGACUUAAUUUCAUGCUUAAUAAGGCACAUUAGUUUAAAAUUCAUUGAUCUAUUGUCUUUGUGGAAUUAUGUAAGGAUCUCUGGGAUUAUAAAUAAGAGACACCAGAGACUGGAAACUUUGAGGGAGAAAAAUACUGAUGGGGGUAUACUCAGCGGGUCAAGGGCCUGUCCCACUUUCUCGACCUUAUUCACGACCUCUGCCGAGUUUGCCCUUGACUCAUACUCGCAGCAUGGUCGUCACGAGGUCGUAGGAAGUCAUAGGAGGUCGUAGGUAGGUCGUAGCAGGCCGUGAUGCUUGUCGUAGGUACUCAUGGCAUCAAGUAGGUCGGGGUGUUUUUUCUAGCCUGAUGAAAAAUGUCCACGAGUAAAAAAGGUCGUGAAUUAGGUCAUGAAAGUGGGACAGGCCCUUCAGGCAGCUUCUGUAGCGGGAAAUGGACAGAUGACACUUCGGGCCAUUACCUUCUCCAAACUGCCUGAAGGAGGAUCCCACUCAAAAAGUCUUCUGUCCAUUUCCCUCCACACAUGCUGCUUGACUUGCUGAAUUCUUCCAGCAGUUUAUUUUUUUGCACUGGAAUUAGAUAAUUGCACAAGGACUGCGGUCAGCUUUUAAAUGGAAAUAUUUAUUUUGCACAAUUUUUCAUCAUAACACUCUGAUUUUAAUGCUUUAGACUUAGAAAUUAUAUUGUAGAAUUACAUUGUACAAUUACUUUACCUUGGUUUUUUUGACAGGGUGAGAUUUGUUUGAAAUGUACACAGGUACUGUAAAACCCGACAAAUCUUCACUGUACCUGUCAAACUAUAUUCACGUUCAUUCAUGUAAAAAUAACCUUAUUAGCCAUUGGAUCAAAUCCUCAGUUGUUGGUUUUUUAUGCCGACUACAGUGAUAUUGUUACAGUGCAGAACCUGUUUUUUACAUAUUCAAUUCUGUCAAAUGGUAUUACAAAACGAUUGUUGAUAUGAGAUGAAUGCAACAGAAAACCUUUUACACAUUUUUAAGGCAAUAAAAAUGUAUCU